CGCAUCGCGCGCAGACCGAAUAUCUGGGACCCGCCGCGCGGUCUCCUCGCGAGCGCCGUCUCGCGUCGCUUCGUCCCCGCGCGUCACCGCGUCGUCGUCACGCGCGUCGUCGCGCGCGCGAGCCCCGCGAAGGUUUCGUCUCAGAAUCGGAAGAAGCGCCCCGUUUCCCGUUGAAAUGGCCGCUCGGAAGAAGGGCGCGAAGGCGAGCGCGUCGAAGAAGGUCGCGUGCGUCGCGAAAAUAACGACCGCGAAGGUCACGAAGGCGAAGAAGAAGUCGCUCAAGGCUGCGGACAAGCGUCGGAACAUCAACGCGCGGUCGAAGAAGAUCCUCCGCUUCUGCGAUCUUGGGCACAUGCGAGGCAAGUGGAUGGAGCUGUCGUACCGCAACCGCAUCGGCGAGAGCCUGGCGAGCGUGUACGGCGCCACGUUCAAGGAAGGGUCGUGGUGGUACGAAAACCCGGACGAGGACAAAUUCUUCGCCGCGCUGUUUCAACGCGCGUCUGGGGGGAAGCCGCUGUCCCAAGUCGACGUCGCGCGCGUGUUUUUAAAGGGAGACAAGAGGCAGAUCAAUAUUCACGAGCCCGCUCUCAGGAAGGUUGGCCUCUCGAAGGACGCGCUGCGAGAUUUGUUCUGCGUGACGAAGGCUGCGGGGGGAGAGGGCGUCGUGGAGAUUCCGCAGCCGGAGGGCGACUCCGUCGCGUUCGGGGAGGUGCCCGCGGUGGAAGAGGAUGAUGACGAUGAUGCCACCGUCGACGACGAUGCCACCGUCGGGGCUGCUGGGGCGAUGGAGGAGGAUCAGGACUUGAGCAAUUUUGGCUCGUGCGAGAGCGGAGGCAUGGAUGACACCGUGUUCCACGGGCCCGGGGGGGACGCGAUUUGGGGGGAGGGGAAGCUCGGGUUCGGGAACGAUGUCGUCAGCUUGUCGCAGCCGCUCGAGGACUUCACCAUCGGAAAGUUUGACGAUAUCUUCCCGCAGAACUGCUGCGUGGAUGACGUGGACGCUAAGGACCCGAACGCGCAGCUGUACCCGCUGCAGACGUGGCUGCAACAGGCGGAGAUGUUAACGGACGGGAUCAGCGGUCAACUCCGAGGGUCCCCUAUGGAAAAGAGCCUCAUCCCGCACGUUGAGAAGAUCAACGAACACUUCAGCGCGAUGAGCGCCAAGGUGACCCAGCAAAUUGAUGCGAACAACGCGUUGGCGUCGUUUCUUAAAAUCGACCCGUGAAGCGCGCGGCGGCGCGGUGUACAUUGACAACAAGUCUCACUAGGAGAUCAAACAUACGUAGCAAAAACACGACGUGUAUGGAACAAGACCUAAUAUCAUAUCU